CAAAACACGGAAGUGGGACAUUUUUGGGAAGACUUGGAAAUUAAAGGUGGGGUACGCGAUUCUACGCGAUGCAGAGCGAACGACGACGCAGCAAAGGGACGUAACGAACGUUAGCUACGUCGUCGGUUUUUCUCAGCGCGCACUGAACGGACAGCUAGCGAACCGCGAGCUGAUAUUCGCUGAAUUUGACCAAAAGACGUGUUUUGGGAUUAGAAUCGCAUUCCCCACCUUUUGUGGAAAAUAGGACAUUUUGUAAAUUUGAGGACAUUUUGAAAAAGUGAGGACAUCUUUGGAAAGUGAAGACAUAUUUUGGACAUUUUUUGGGAGCACCUGGAAAUUGGGGACGUUUUCGAAACGGAGGAGACAUUUUUAGAAAGUCAAGAGGUCAAGUUUGGAAAGUGACGGCAGUUUAAUGGAGGACAUUUUGGGCAUUUUUUUGCGGGGGGGAAACUUUUCAAAUUUUUCAAACUCGAGAAUGUUUUUGAAGAGCAAGGACAUUUUUUGGAAAGUGAGGACAUUUUAAAAACGUAGGAUGUUUUUUGGAAAGUGAGGACAUAUUUGGAAAGUAGGCUCAGGUCCUCGCUAGUAUAGAAGUACAAACGUGUGUGUGUGUGUGUGUGUGUAGACACUGAAACUGAAAGCUUGGUGCUGAAAGUUUAAUCAUAAGCAGCUGACCUGUGAUGGUGAAGUGAACGGGACUGACGACCACUUUCUGACACGUCGCGUGUGUUUAAGAUCGCUUCUUCAGAGCAGCUGGUUUCAGUUCUUUUCUUAGAAAAUCAGCUCGCAGAGGCUCGAAACUUCCUGCGACAUCGCAGGUAUCAUUAUUAUUAUUAUAAGCAGCAGUAGCUGCAAGAGUAACGUUAGCGCUCGUGGCAGCUGAGAGAGAGGACUGCUGUUGAACCGAUGCGUCCGACGUCUGAGAUUCGGUGGUCGGUUACUAAACAAGUCUCUUAAUGGAAGAAAGGACCAAACACGUUUUCACAGCGAUCCCUUUCAUUAACUUUAAAUAAACGAACUGUGUGGUUCAGCUGCAUCGAUUGUAUUCGUGUUCAUUCUGGAUUUUAUCUUAAUUGAACUGCAGCGAUUUCGGCGCCGCUUCGUUGACGCUUCCAGUUCUCUUUUUCGCCAGGUGGGAGAUAUCGCAGGUAUCUUUAACUCGAACGAUCUUUACCACCCGACCCGACCGCUGGUUUCUUGUUUGUGUUAUCGCUGAAUCUUUCCAGCUUUACAACGCUACGUGCUGCAGCAGCGCCCCGACGUAAGAAACGUUAAAAUCGUGUUAAUGAAAGUUGGAUUUUCCCUCUUUGAGGGCUGACCAAUACCUGGCCAUACGCUGUUGUCGUAAGUGGUCACGUGACCUCUAACACGGCUCUCGCGCCUGCUCGGUCCUGUCGCUGUUAUCUAUGGACGAUCCACUAACAAACACCUUUACACCAUCUAUUUUUUCCCGUCGCAGCUUCGCAUGUGCUUUGACUUUCUGUUGUGAAAUAUAUCUGCAGUAGCAAUAAGGGAACUGAGAGCAGUUAUAGACGGUGCUGUGACGAUGUGUGAAAGCACAACUAAAGAAAAAUAAGUGAUUUUGACACUAGAUCACGGGAUUGUUUGUCAACAAGAUGCUGCAAAACGCCUGAUAAUUGAUUACCUGUUCUGAUAACCUUACGCUCCCUGCACAUCAGGCCGCUUCCUGCACCGGUUUUAAAUGUUACCGGUAAACGUAAAUCUCUACAGUUUAUUUGCAUACGAACCUGAUUCGUUGGCGACUGCGUCGUCGUUUGUCUUCGAGGUUUGAAAUUGGUAGGAAAUACUGCGUAAGGAUCCCCGUUAGCACACAAAUGCAUCACGACAACAUGGCAUAUAAGGGUUUAUCAAAAUAAGAGCCUUUUUGGUGGAUCACGUCUGUGCCGAAUUCACCAGACCACUUUGAUGAUUCGGAGGCGACGUUCUGCAAAGCGUGAAGGACUGCGAGCAACAAAGCACUAAAAUUUACAGAUUUUUUUAAAUGGAGUUUUGUUUGGCAUCAUCUCCCGUCUCACUUUGGGACACUAAUCUCUCGAGCGUCAACUCGAACGCAGUGUGUGCUGGGAAGUCGGUAUAGCAGAUAACACUGUUUAAUAACGAUCAGCGAAACAGAAAGUGUGUUUCCAUCCACCUGUUUUUAUGCGCAUUUUCAAGUGGAAACACGGGAAAUGAAAUAAAAACAGUCUUUACGCUCGGCUGAGGUGGAAAAGUUGGCGAAUUAUUAAAAGCAAAGAGCAAUGGAAACAGAUAUGGUGAAUAAAUGAUGACGCACAUGAAGCUUGUGACUUAAUCAUCCACUGAAGAGCUGAAAACGUCUGCGUGGAGCGAUGAGGAGACUGUAACCUUCCUCACAUUAAUACAUGAAACAAACAGAUCAAAUAGUGAUUCGUCCAAUACUUUGUUUUAUGACCAAAAACCUGCAAAACUAAAGACAUUCCCAUCAGCCUCGGCGUGCUAAGACGCUAAAAUGAGAUGUUGAAGACGGUAAACAUCAGCAUGUUAGCAUUUAGCUCGGAGCAGCACUGUGUCCACACACAGCCUCACAGAGCUGCUGGCUCGGCUGUAAACUCCUUGUAUAACGUUAACUCUGAAUAUGCAUUUUCCUCACAGAGCGUAAAAAAUGGCCGUCACAAGUGUCGAGCCGAGAUUCGGCAUCGAGUUUUAGGUUUCGUGUCGGUCUGGCUCAGGGAGUCGCUGACUUUUAGUGCGAAAACAAACCAAAGUCUUUUCUGGGUAAAUUCAAAUGACUCAAAUAGCAACGUGGUGCAAAAUAAAACAAGAGCUUUGCAUUAUGAGUUUUACAGUGUGUGUGUGUGUGUGUGUGUGUUCUUCCUGGAGUUAUUCACACAGAGACGGAUGCUUUGUGGUUUUGUUCACGUCAUUCUUUCACUUCCUCUCUAUCUCUUUAUCUGUGUGUGUGUGUGUGUGUGUGUGUGAACGCUGUACACACAAAUUAUUUGUUUUUAGACUUUCAGUGUGGCUCAAGCAGACAAAAUAAUAUCAUCUUUCUUCUUCUUUCUCCCCGUGUCUUCUUCUCUUUUGUCCUUUCUUCUUCACCUCUCUUCACCUUCUCUACUUCCUCCACCCACCCACCUACCUCUCUCGCUCGCUCGCUCUUUCUCGCUCUCGCUCGCUCUCUCUCUCCGUCUCUGUCUAUAAGCUUUUUCAAGGUUUCCCACCUGUGGCAUCACAUCGGCCCCGUCAAUGCAACCGAUCGCAGAGAAAUCAUCACGACCUUUAAAAACUGGAGCUGAAGAAGAAGAGGAGGAGGAGAAAAAGUAGAAGAAGAGACGUAAAGACAGCCGAUCAUGAUUCACUCAAAUCACUCCAUCCACUCAGUCUUCUGCUGCUGCUGCUGUGCCGUACAGACCAGGGAGAUCAGCACCCGCAUGGAGCUGGAGGGAAGCACCUCCCUGUGUUUCCAGAGCAGGCGAUACCCAGGGCACGCCUGCCGGGUCGACAGGUCGAGGAAGAGGCUCCCCCUCCCUCCUCCUGAAAACGGGGAUGGUGAAGGCGAGGGGUUGCUAAGUGUCGUCGCCAUGUAUGACUUCACCGCCAAGGAGGACACUGACCUCACACUCAAACAGGGGGAGGAGUACAUCAUCCUCCACAAACAAGACCAGCUGUGGUGGAGAGCGCAGGAUAAACAUGGGAAUAAAGGCUUCAUCCCCAGUAACUACGUGACAGAGAAAAACAGAAUUGAGGCAAACUCGUGGUACUGCAAGAACAUCACCAGGACAGAAGCUGAGCAGCUGCUGAGACAGGAGGACAAGGAGGGUGGUUUUGUGGUGCGGGAGUCCAGUCAGAAGGGAGUCUACACCGUCUCUGUCUAUACCAAAACAUUAAGUGCUAAUGGGGAUAUUAGGCAUUACCAGAUCAAAAUAACUGACACCGGACAGUUCUUCUUGGCUGAAAAACACACCUUCAACUCCAUACCUGAUGUCAUACACUACCAUGAACACAACGCAGCAGGUCUUGUCACCAGGUUGCGUUAUGCAGUGGGGCCAAUGGGAAGGUGUGUACCCGCCACAUCAGGAUUCAGUUCAGAGAAGUGGGAGAUCGACCCCAGCGAGUUGACCUUCAUGAAGGAGCUGGGCAGCGGUCAGUUCGGCCUGGUGAGGCUCGGCAAGUGGAGGGCUCAGCAGAGAGUGGCCAUCAAGGCCAUCAGAGAGGGAGCCAUGUACGAGGAGGACUUCAUCGAGGAGGCCAAGGUCAUGAUGAGGCUGUGCCACCCUAAACUGGUGCAGCUGUACGGGGUUUGCUUGCAGCAGCGCCCCCUGCUGAUCGUGGCCGAGUUCAUGGAGAACGGCUGCCUGCUGAACUUCCUGCGGCAGAAGGGCAGGGCUCUGAAGGAGGCGUGGCUUCUGUCCAUGUGCCAGGACGUCUGUGAGGGGAUGGAGUACCUGGAAGCACAUAGUUUCAUCCACAGAGACCUGGCAGCCAGGAACUGUCUGGUUAAUGAGCACAAUGUGGUGAAGGUCAGCGACUUUGGAAUGACCAGGUACGGCUGCCACUUUAUUUCAAGUUUUAAAGGAAAAGCUCUACAUUUGCUGUUCUACAGUUGUUGUCAUGUUUGCAGGUACGUUCUAGACAACCAGUACACCAGUUCUAGUGGGGCCAAGUUCCCAGUGAAGUGGUCUCCUCCUGAAGUUCUCCACUACAGUAAAUACAGCAGCAAGUCUGACGUCUGGUCGUUUGGUGUGGUCAUGUGGGAGAUCUACUCGGAGGGUCGGACUCCGUUUGAAAAAAGCACCAACUUGGAUGUGGUUACUGACAUCACCAGAGGAGUCCGGCUGUACCGACCGUACCGCGCCUCGCAGUCGCUCUACGCCAUCAUGUACCGCUGCUGGCACGAGAGGUCUCAGGGUCGGCCGUCUUUCUCAGAGCUACUGGAGGAAAUCAGAAAACUGGCAGAAAAUCCAGAUUAACACACAAUAUGUUGCUGAUUUUCUGUUUUGUUUUGUUUUUUGCUGUUAUCAUGAAUGUAAAGACUGUAUUUUGUCAUUGUAAAUAACUAUUUUUUCAUUAAAACCUUUUCAGAAAACUUU